AUGUUUGGAGUUGGGAUGGGAGGUGGUCCUGGUCUCAAGGGCCUCGGUGCAGGCUGGCAGGUCUGGGGCUCCGGCACUCCGGGUCCGAAGAGGAACGCGUCGAUUUCUUCCGCGGCAAGCGUGGGCGACUUGUCUCCGUCUCAGACAGAGAACGGCUACCGAAGCAACAUCGGAGAGUCGUGGAGUGCACCUCGGGCAUCCAGUGGGACUUGGGACGAGUUGAGUGGCAGCCCGCAGAAGAAGGAUUUUUCGCAGCUGCCACAGGAUUCCAAUCCGGCUCUGCCACUUCGUCACACCCGCCAGAGACAAGCUGGAGUUGCUCACCCGGUCGGAUUAUCGGGACCAAGGAUGGACGAUCGCGGUCCGGCCAAAACCGGCCAAUACUCGCCGCAGAGGUUCGAUCACAGCAUUGGCAAAGACGGUAGGUACUCGUCCUCUCAUCCUGUGCCAGGUGCCUACGGGUCUUCGCGUUUUCCUGGUCAAAAUGGGGGUUUCGACUCUGUUCAAGUGUCGUCUAUUGUCGAGAACGACCUUGCUCUUGGACUUCGGGGAAUGGCGGUCGAGGACGAGCAAGUGAACAACCAGUACCGUCAGCAACCCCCUGCGAAUGUGCCACAUCCUGCUUCUGCCGUCCCCCAGGUACGGCCGCCCCCGCAGAUUGUUCAAGGACGUGCGCCAUAUCCUGGAUACCCACAAGCAGAUUACCCAUCAUUCUAUACCAGUGGCACUGUGCGCGACCCCUAUAUGGAGUAUGGAUAUGGAUACAGUGCUCCACCAGAUCCUACACUCUAUCCCUCCUCUGCUGGCGCGAACAAUACGUCACCCCCGAGUAUAUAUCCGUCUGUCUCUUCGCAGACCCUCCACCCCCCAGCCUCAGGUGCUCAGCAGCAAUCAGGCGUGUACUUUGAUUAUUCUGGCACAGCUAGGUCUCCUUCCCAAUUCUACUACCCCCCACAUCAAGCCAUGAUGUAUGCGACUAUGCCGUCACUUUCGCCCUUACCCACACCUCAGCUCAGUGCUGCGGUGCCG